UUAAAAUUGUAUCAAUUUAUUUCAGGAGGUAAAUGAAAAAAAGGGCAUUGACCUGUGAAACUAAAAAUACCUCAUAGUCUUCCUCUAGGACGUGCUAGCUUUUUAAAAACGCAACUUCUUGGAUGAUAAAAAUAUUCAGGCAAGGCCAAAGCUUGAAGCUUGACCAUCGCUAGAGACUGCAAGGGCUUGCCCUAGAUGGCUGGGAGUUGGCCAAAUCUUAAGUCUCAAAGAGGCGACGAGGCCAAACCGGAUCCAUUCGCCUGCUAUUCUCUUGCCAGCACACAGGGUAGACAAAAUAAAAUGUCUCAGUAUAAAUUCUUAAAUUUAUAUCUAAAGUAGUAUAAAUGCUUGCCUGGGCCAUGCAAAGGAGGCUGGCACAAAGAAGGGGGAGCGACUGGGAAGAAAGAACACAGCGCCAAGCCCCUAAGAGUUCGGCGAAAAGCAGGCUGAGCCGUGGGCCUCCUUACGCAGCCACAGGGCUGUGCCCGAGAGUGGGUAGAUCUCUGGACGGAGGCCAAUCUCCCGCAGCAUCCGGAAGGAAGCUGCUGUAGCGGGGACUGCAGGGCGCUUAUCUGACUUUCUGCUGCGUUCCCGGGGUCUGCAGCCUAGGACGCCACCAGAGCCCGAGAACCCGGCGGGGGCGGGACCAGCAAGCCUCGACAGCCCACCCCUUCCAGCGCGGGGUGGGACCCUCGCGGCUUCCCGUCCAAUCCCGUUCCCCGACGCGCACAGGGCGGGACCCUCGCGGUUUUCCGUUCUGGUCCGGCCUCAGGACAGCCCAGAGCCUGCAGGCCGACGCAGAGGGACAAGAGGGGCGCGGGAGUCACCAGGCUUGGCCAGUUCGGGUUCCCUGUGGUUUCCUUUCCGAAUUGUUCAAGCAGGCUCCUGGAGGUCCUGAGCACUUCUUCGUGGUUUACUGUUCUCUUACUGUGACUUUAUCAUGGAAAAUCAAUUGACUAAAUCAGUUGAAGAACGGACAUUUCAGUACCAGGACUCUCUUCCGUCAUUGCCUGUUCCUGCACUUGAAGAAUCAUUAAAAAAAUACCUUGAAUCAGUGAAACCAUUCGCAAAUGAAGACGAGUAUAAGAAAACUGAAGAAAUAGUUCAAAAGUUUCAAGAAGGAGCUGGCAAAAGAUUGCAUCAGAAGUUACUUGAAAGGGCUAGAGGAAAACGAAACUGGCUGGAAGAAUGGUGGCUCAAUGUUGCCUACCUGGACGUACGUAUUCCAUCACAACUGAAUGUGAACUUUGUGGGUCCGUGUCCUCAUUUUGAGCACUACUGGCCUGCAAGGGAAGGCACUCAGUUAGAAAGAGGAAGCAUGAUGCUGUGGCACAACUUGAACUACUGGCAGCUGCUAAGAAGAGAAAAAUUGCCUGUACAUAAAUCUGGAAAUACUCCUCUAGACAUGAACCAAUUCCGAAUGUUGUUUUCUACCUGCAAGGUUCCAGGAAUUACUAGAGAUUCGAUUAUGAAUUAUUUUAAGACUGAGAGUGAAGGGCAUUGUCCAACCCACAUUGCCGUGCUGUGUCGAGGCAGAGCGUUUGUCUUUGAUGUACUACAUGAGGGAUGUUUGAUCACCCCACCAGAACUUCUCAGGUCUUUAAACUACUUCUUAAAGAAAUUAUGCGUCUUUCAUUAAUUUUGUUUUAUACAUGUGUAGACUGUCUUCUUCUUCUUUCCCCACUUUGACUUCAUUCCUGUCAUCCCUGUCAGCUUCCCUUUUCCAGACAACUCUCUCUCCCACAUUCAUGACAUUUUGUUUUGUUGUGAUUCAUGGAGUUUGACCAGGGCCGUCUGGGCUCAGCAGUGAAUGCACAGGUCAAGACUCUGAGCUUUCUUCUCUGAGAAUCUAUCAGUAGUCAGUCGUCUUAGCUACUGUUCGACUGCUGUAAAGAGACACUAUGUCUAAGGCAACUUAUAGAAGACAGUAUUUAAGUGAAGGCUUGCUAACGAUUUCAGAGGAUUAGUGCGUUGUCAUCAAGGUGGGCAGCAUAGCGGCAGACAGACAGGCAGGUGUGAACUGUCCAUUUUACUGAGUGAUAGUGCUAAGUUCUCCACAGGGCCUCAUGGAGCUGCUAGGGCCUGUGGUCUUCCAAGCAUGUGUAUUUGACUGGUUUAUAGCACUAGGUAUGGAGCCAGUGUGGCAGCAGUUGGUUACCCCCAUAGCUUUCAUUACGUAGGCAUGGUAUUGUUCAUGGCGUUUGUAACAAGGGGAGACUGUUGAUGGCGUUUCUUCCCCAGAAGCCUGCAAAGCACCUUCAGCACUUUUGAGAGCUAGCCAGCACUGGGGGCAGUUUCUAGCUCGGUUCCAGCUCCGUUCCUCUAGUUUGCAAUCAGGCUCUAUGGUGUUCUGUCUGGCUUUGGUUGGUGACUGACUUGGUUAGGGCUUCUAUUGCUAUAAUAAAACACCACGAGCAAAAGCAACGUGGGGGAAAAAGGUUUAUUUCAGCUUAUAUUCAAGUCCUUCAUGAAGGGCAGUCAGGGCAGGCACUGGAGGCAGAGCUGCAGAGGUCAUGGAGGGGUGCUGCUUACUGGCUCACUCCUUAUGGCUUGCUCAGCCUGCUUUCUUAUAGAACCCAGGACCUCCUGCUCAGGAGUGGCAUCGACUACAAUGGGCUGAGCCUUCCACAUCAAUCGCUAUUUAAGAAAAUACGCCACACCUAUCCUACAGGAUAAUCUGGUAGGGACAUUUUCUCAGUUGAGGGUCCUUCUUCCCAAAGGACUCUCUGUAGCGUGUGUCAAGUUGAAAUCAAACUAGCCAGCACAGCAACCAAGAUAAAUAGAAGGGGCUAUUAUUUUGGAGUCUUUUUGGGACCUCCCUGAACAGCAGCUUCUAUGAAAGUACCCCAUACCUCUCACUGGAACUUUUAGUUAGUGACCUGCUGCUUCUAGAACCAUCAUAUGUAACCUGUGUGGAGUAUCUCCUUUCAAAUUUGUUUUUCAUAUUUUUAAUUUAGUUACAAGAUAGUAGGCUUCCAUAGCUUUUUUAUACCUGCUUUUUGAAAAAGCUUUAUCUUUUGAAAUUAAAAUGCAAGUAUGUCAUUUCCUCCUUUCCCCUUCCUCCUGCUGACCCUUCCAGUGUGCACCCCUCUUGCCUUGCUCUCUUUCAAAUUCAUGUCCUCUCUUUCUUUAAUUGUGCGCAGGCGCGUGCGCGCACACACACACACACACACACACACACACACACAUACACAGUACCGAGAGGUUAGUCAUGGACUUUACAUACUCACGCCUGUUUUGUUUAGUUAUGCAGCUCUCUCGUGUCCCCUGCCCUCCUGUGUAAACCUUUGUGCCCCUUGUGUUUCUCCUGCUGUUUUCCUUCGCUGGAGUGCUGGCACAGAGGCCUGCCCUUCCAGCAGGAGAUCAGGAGUGAAGGCUUUUCCAGAUCAUCCUGGCCGAAGCCAGCUCCUGGCCCACUUACACUAUCUGAGGACUCAGACUACUUUCCUGGAUUUCCUUCUCAAGCUCUUGCUUGGACAAUUGACAUAUAUCCACAAGAAGUGCUCGAACGAACCUGUUGGACCCAGUAUAGCGGCAUUAACUAGCGAGGAGCGAACUCGGUGGGCAAAGGCAAGAGAAUAUCUGAUUAGUCUUGAUCCAGAGAACUUGACUUUAUUAGAAAAAAUUCAAACCAGUUUAUUUGUGUAUUCCAUAGAAGAUAGCAGUCCACAUGCAACCCCAGAAGAAUAUUCUCAGGUCUUUGAAAUGCUUCUUGGUGGAGAUCCAUCAGUACGCUGGGGUGACAAGUCCUAUAAUUUGAUUUCCUUUGCUAAUGGAAUAUUUGGCUGUUGCUGUGAUCAUGCUCCUUACGAUGCAAUGGUCAUGGUGAACAUUGCACAUUAUGUUGAUGAGAGAGUCCUAGAGACAGAAGGAAGAUGGAAGGGUUCAGAAAAAGUCCGGGACAUACCAUUGCCAGAGGAGCUGGUCUUCACUGUGGAUGAGAAAAUACUGAAUGAUGUAUCCCAAGCCAAAGCCCAACAUCUCAAAGCUGCGUCAGAUCUGCAGAUAGCAGCAUCUACCUUCACAUCUUUUGGCAAAAAGCUCACCAAGGAGGAAGCCCUUCACCCUGAUACCUUUAUUCAGCUCGCUCUUCAGCUUGCCUACUACAGACUUCAUGGACGCCCUGGUUGCUGCUAUGAGACAGCUAUGACAAGAUACUUUUACCACGGCCGAACAGAGACUGUGCGAUCUUGUACAGUGGAGGCCGUCAGGUGGUGCCAGUCCAUGCAGGAUCCCUCUGCUAGUCUCCUUGAACGUCAGCAAAAGAUGCUAGAAGCUUUUGCCAAGCAUAAUAAGAUGAUGAAAGAUUGUUCACAUGGAAAAGGAUUUGACCGUCACCUUUUAGGUCUUUUGCUCAUAGCAAAAGAGGAAGGUCUCCCUGUUCCAGAACUAUUUGAGGACCCACUUUUCUCCAGAAGUGGAGGAGGUGGAAAUUUUGUGCUCUCAACAAGUUUGGUUGGUUACUUACGAGUUCAGGGUGUUGUGGUUCCCAUGGUACACAAUGGAUAUGGAUUUUUCUACCACAUCAGAGAUGACAGGUUUGUGGUGGCAUGUUCAUCCUGGAGGUCAUGUCCGGAGACUGAUGCUGAAAAGCUUGUUCAGAUGAUUUUUCAUGCUUUCCACGAUAUGAUACAGCUGAUGAACACCGCUCAUCUUUAGAGACUCAGACAAAUACAGAUCAUAGAAACUUGGUACGAAGAGUAGGAUGGUGAUGUGACAUGGAAGGAAUGUUGACUUAAAGGAAGCCUGUUAAUGUAGGGUUAGGAGAGUGAUGCUCUCUAGAGUUAUUCUACCUUAAAGUCUCCUGUGUUGCAACCACAAUGCAAAGUCAGAUAUAGUGAAUAGAACUAUGCAAUGUUUAAGCCUCAACAAAGCAAAUCUAUAUAUCUUAACAAUCCUACUUAACAAGCCUCAAUCAAAGCAAAUCCUACUCUGAUGUUAAAAUAGUUUUGUUGGCACAUGUGUAGGCUGCAAGUCCUCUGUGAACAUGAUUAUAGAGUCUAUUUCUCAAGCACUUUAAUACUUUCUAAUUGCCAGAGGGAUAAAGCACACGGUUAGAAGCUAAUUUCUCUGACAUCAGUGCCUUCCACACCCAGCACAGGAGUACAGCCUGUGAGAGUUCAUGGGAAAACCACUAUUGUACAAUAGUGAUCUAAAAUAGCUCCUUUGAGCAGGCAAAAGGAUCAAGUUGUAUUAGAAAUUUUUACACUACCACAGAAAAGAAUAUUAGCAAAACUCAUUAUGAUAUGUUGCAAUUCAUUUUGUGAAUAUAAAAUUAAAGCAUUUCCAUUUGAACCUAAUUGUUAGAGCUAGCAGCUUUUAAAGGGUUAAAUGUUGAGUAUGAUUCUCAGAACUUUACAAUUAUUUCCCAGUGUUAUUCAUAAUGGUGGCUUGAAGACGUUCGCUUCAAGGGUGCUAUUCAAAGUGGUUUAUAUUCUCAAAGAAUAAAGCAUCCAGAAUCUUACCAGUUUCACCUUA